GUGGACGUGCCUUCCGUUUGAGUUGCAUUUAUUUUAGUGCAAUAUUUUAAAUAUAAAAAUAGAAUAAAUUCCCCCUAUGACGUAGUUAAAUUUAAUUAUGAAUUAAGAUUACAGUUUCAUUGUAAUCAAUUGUGUUUAUUGUGUUAGAAAUGUGGUAAAAACUAAAAAGUGCUAAGUGCGACAAGCGUAGCGCCAGAAUGUCUGAUGAACUAGAAGCUCGGAUGUGGGACGAGGGAGGUUCCAGGUACGAGUCUCGGAGCCGAGUGUCGUAUUUUGAACCAGCCUUUGCAUCCUCGGAGCAUUUAGAUAGAGCUCCAUUGUUAUCAGAAGAGAGCUACACAGAGGUGUCGGUGGCGCCGCCCAGCGAGUCCGACGAGCAUUGCCACUGGAAGAGACCAGAACCGCCCAGUGCGGUGCCACAGCUGCUGGCAGCACUAGUUCUAUGUGCUAUUUUUAUGAUAUGCGAAAUCGUCGGUGGGUACCUCGCCGGCAGUAUAUCUGUGAUGAGCGACGCGGCACACAUGCUGAGCGAUUGCGGGGGCUUCGCGCUCGCUCUGCUCGCGUUCCGCUGCGCAGCAAGACCUCCCAACGCAAACAUGUCGUACGGGUACAGACGAGCGGAGGUGCUGGGUGCGAUGACGUCGGUGCUGCUGAUAUGGGCGCUGACCGGCAUCUUCGUGUACGUGGCGGCGACGCGUAUCCGCACCGGCGACUACGACAUCCAUCCCGACAUGAUGAUGCUUGUGUCGGGCUGCGGGGUGGCCUUUAACGUGGUGUUGGCGCUGGUGUUGCACGGCUGCGCCUCGGACAUCGCUCACUACCACUCGCACGGCGGAGCGGCGUGUGCGCACGCGCACAGCCACGAGUCUCGCGGCCUGCGGCUGUUCAGGAAGCGCGACCAGAAGCAGAGCAAUGGCGGCCUGGUCAACGGGGAGUACGGGAUGAAGGAUCUGGCGGCUGCCGAGGCGCACGUCGCUUCCUCCUCCGCUAGAAAUAUAAACCUCCGUGCGGCCCUCAUCCACGUUAUUGGCGACCUCAUACAGAGUUGCGGUGUUCUGCUUGCUGCGGUACUCAUCAAAAUAUACCCAGAGGCGAAGGUAAUAGACCCGAUAUGCACCUUCGUAUUCAGCGUCCUGGUACUGUUGACGUCAGCGCGCGUGGUGCGGGAUGCGCUCGCAAUGCUGAUGCAGGCAGUUCCCAGCAACUUCAGGUAUCGUGAGUGCGUGUCCGCCUUGUCGGCGCUAAACGGUGUGAGGCACGUGCACUCGGUCCACGCGUGGGCGUUGUCAACCCACCACACGGUUCUCACUGCACACGUUGCCAUAGACGAGCUGGCCGACUGGGAGACGGUUCUGCAGGGCUGCCAGCGGCUGGCUCGACAGUUCGGCGCGGCGAGUGGCGCCUUCCAGCUGGAGCGCUACUCGCUGUGUAUGGCCAGCUGUGCGGACUGCCGGCAGCCGGCGGCCGCGCCCUGACACCUGCGCACGCUCACCCGCUAGCCGCUCAGAUUGUGGAUAUUACGCGGCUGAGCCAUGCCAUGACAGAAGUCGUCACAAAAAUUAAAUAAUAUAAAAUAGAUGAAAUGCAACAUGAAACUAAGGUGUAAUUCAUAGGGUAAGCUCGUCAAACCUAUUUAUUUAUAUGUUAAUAUUUAUAUGAAAAUGAUGAUGUGGUGAUGAAGUGAUGAUUGAAGUGGUGAUGAAAUGUUGAAUAUGUAAGAUAAUUAAUAGUUAAGACUUGUAUCGAACGCAUCAUUCCAAAGUGUUAGUUUAAAUGUAAAUGUGUUUAGGAUUAGUGAUGAAGUCAAAUUAAGGGUCCCCGCAGACUGCAGAUUUGUUCGUUUACAAAUCCCAACGUCCACUUCGGCAAGGAUUUUCAGUGACGAAUCAUAAUCAACUUUAAAAACGCUAGCUUAAAGCCGAUAAUAGUAUAAUGCCGAUUAAAAAAAAAUCCUUUCGUGAGUGAGUGAGUUUAAUCCCGGACACCUCUAACUUUUAAAAGUUUACUUAUUAUCAUUCAUUAAUCCAUUCAAAGGCAUGUGAAGUCUACCAAUCAGCUUUUUGCUAGCGUGGUGGACUGCGGCGUGAACCCUUCUCGUACUUAAAAGGAGACCUGUGGUCUGUAGUGGGUCGAUACUUAAUUCAUAAUGAUAACUAUAAAAGUAGGUAGUCUGCUGGGGCUCUAAGACUGAGAUAUAUAUAGUGUGCUUUUACUUUGCUCAGACUCAAGAAACAGUUAAAAAUUAGACAAAUUUACACGCAGUCUGGCAUGAACUAUUGACUGAGUAGAAUCUAAGUUCACUCUAUAAGUCUUCCUAAGAAAUAUACGAUUUAUGGAAGGGAUAACUAGGGGGUAAUAAAUUAUGAUUUACGUAGAGGGGUCGGACCAAAAUUGUAAGCAGCGUAGUGAAAUGGAUGUACUUAGAAUUCGUUUUCAACAAUGUUUUUAGUAAACAUACAAAGCAUUGCAAAGUUAAUUAAAGCUAAAUUAUUCCGCGCUGUAUA